AUGAAAAAAUAUUCAAAAGUUGAUAUACUCGAAGAAGAACAUUGCAGUAACGAAUUUUUUCAUCCAACCUGUCCACAAAAUGAAGUUGUUUUCAUUAAAACUGCUCACUAUGGUCGGAUGAACAUUGGUAGAUGUCUGACGGAGAAAGAAAUUCACACUUACGGGUCCCAAAGUUCGAAUCCCAAAUUUUUUGGUUGUUUCAAAGAUGUUUCUAGUUAUCUGAACGAGAAAUGUGCGAUGAAAAAGAGCUGUGAUGUGAGGAUCGGCGAGCUGGAAACGCUUUUUGAAGACGUCUGCCUUCCCGGUUUGAAACUGCAUCUCAACGUUACCUACUACUGUUUGAAAGAACAUUGUGCUGAUGAAUUUUUCAGACCGCACUGUGAGAGCGGAGAAGUGAUCUUCAUUAAGAAAGCUCACUAUGGACGGAUGAACAUUGGAAGGUGUUUAACGGAGGCUGAGUUGGAGGCCUAUGGAUCGCAGAGAAGCAAUUCAAAAUUUUUUGGUUGUUUCAAAGAUGUAAGCUCAAAUUUAGAAAAAAGGUGUAACAUGAAAAAUAGUUGUGAUGUGAGAAUAGCAGAGUUGCAGAAAGUAGUUGAACGAGUUUGCGUUCCAGGACUUGAAUUGCAUUUGAAUGUAACGUAUUCAUGUCUGAAAGUUGUUCAGCUGGACGACGGUUGCGAGAUGUCGGCGACGAACGAGGUGAAGUACGUGGAGGCGUCUGAGAUAUCCAGCAGGAGCAGGUGUGCAUCGGCCGGCAAGUCAUUCAGCAUUGAAGCUCCCAGAGGUCAGAACAUCAAAAUGACUCUCCAGUUGCUCCAUCAACUCGAGAAGAAGAAGCAGGAAGGUGAGGAGGAGGAAGAAGAAGUGAUGUGUGAUAGAGUCCUGGGCACGAUUAAAUACCUCAACAAGGAUUACAUGAACAUUUGUAGCAAUGGAUUUGCUAGGGACAAAGAUUCCCUUGUCAAACAGGAAUUUGUCUCCAGUUCCGAUCUGAUUUACGUCAGCUUGGUCCAUAAGGCCAUCAAAAGCAACAUGCUCCUAAUAAAAGUUGAAGCCGUAGGAUGCAGGGACAUAAUUCAGCCGGAAGACACGUGGAUGCAACGCAGUGGAGAUGAGAUGAUCAUCGGAUGUUUCAUGACCAAACAGAAAUGGUACCUACGCUGCUUGGACCGCGUCUGGUCUGGCGUCAUUGGAAACUGCUCCAACUCUUAUAUAUUUUCAAGUGAAACAAAAUGGGAUAAAUUAAAACCUUCCUCUCAAAACCAAACAGAUAUUUUUAAGAAACAACCAAUGCUGGUAAUUGUCUUCAUCUGUGGACUGGGAUUUGUGGCUUGCGCGACUAUUUUUUGCCUUGGAAUCAUAUGUUUGAGAAGAUGUAGCGCAAGGCAACACAAAAAUCUCCCAAACUACUACAACAACCCAGCUCCUAUAGCCAACAUCCAGCCAGCCAUGCUCUUCCAACAGCAGCAGCAACAGUUGCAGCAACCUAACUUUACCAAUUUCAACGACAGUAUCACUCAUGAAGAUGAUGAAACUACGAAGGAUGAAGGGAGGUAUCAGGUUUUGGACCAGGAAGAGGUUGCUAAAGAGACACUGGCUCUUGUUUGAGUGACACAUAAUAUUUCCGUCUCGUUUCUCUCAAUCUUUUAGUCAUUUUUUCAUUUGUUUCAAAUUAAUUCAACAAACAUACAUGAGUUUCUAACUUUUUUUUAUUACUUUCAUGUAGUUUUUAUGUCUGAGUUGGAUUUUUUUCAUAAAGAAUAAUUAAAAAAAGAAAGAAAAAUAUAUGAAU